GCUUAUUUACGUGUUGAGUGUAAGCGUAAUGUAAAUUUAAUUGACAAAACAGCUCGUGUAUUUAGAAAUUUAAACUCGGCGUUAAAUUUUGUAAUGAAAGAAAGAGCCGGGCAGGGUAUUGGGGUGGAGACAUCGCAAGCUAAAUUUAUUACGGAAGAACAAGAAAAUUAUUUGUGGGAACAUGGCUUUUUAGGUUGCACGAACGCAGCGUUGCUUAGAGAUACUUUAGUUUUUGUGUUUGGCUUACAAUUUGCUUUAAGAGCUGGGCAAGAGCACAGAAACUUGGUGUGA